AUUUAACAGCGAAAAGCGCGAAAUCAACUAUGAAUGGGAAAGCAUUACAAGUUAAGAAUGCAGCCCUUGCUGAUAACGCACGCUCGAAGGCUUCCUCGCUGGAGAAGGGGCUAUUUUCUGCAAUCCAGGAAAUUAAAGAAGAACUCGCGCAAGUGAAGGAAUCUGAACUUGACCUGAACCUUAGCAAUGUUGCUCGCAGGUUUGGGUUCCGCAACCAAAAAAGUGUGAAAGCACUGCAAGAAAGUUAUAAUACUUACUUCGCCGAUAUGCCUGAGGAGCGCUCCCUAGUUGUUCAGCUUGCCCUCGCCGACGUAAAAAAGAGGGCAACCAUUCGUAACCGAGCUUGGAAGUGCUCUGUUCAGAAAACUCACGAUAAGGUAAAGGAGCAACUAGAGGAACAGAAGGUUGCCACGGAUGCCAAUGCCCUUAUCAAACAUCUAUCCGAGCUCUUUUCUAGUAUGUAGACUCAGUGCCCAAUUAGAUCACACUCCCAGCACUCUGGAGUUCUCUUGCUGAUUCGAGCCUCCAUAACGUGCCUACACACUGCGCGCCCUGCUUGUCCCUUCUGUCGCUUUGACUGUUAGAGUUAACUGGCACUUGGUGUUUUAUGUUUGAUCCAUAUAAAUAAAGUAUGCAAAUACGAU